CCGCGCGCAGUGCCGGGGGCCGGCGGCGCCCGGCCGGGGCGGGGUCUGCGGGGGGCGCGGCGGGGCGCCACCGGCCCUUGGCGGGACCGGGAGGAACGGCGCAGUGCCCCGCGGGGCGCGGGAUCCCGCGGCGGGGCGGGGCUGGGGCCGGGCUGGGGGCGGGGCCGGCGGCACCGACGCGGAAGCAGUGGCGGCAGCGCGGGGCCGCCGUGGGUGGACACCGCCGGGGUGAGCUGAGGUGAGGUGAGGGGAGCCGAGGAGAGGCACCGGGCCGCCCCGCCCCUCAUCGCCCCGCCCGCGAGCGGGAACGGGCCCGGGCCUGGGCCCGGUAUCGGCAUCGGCCUGUCUGCGGCGGCAGGCGGGCCACCGCCACGGCCGGCCGGGGCCUGCCCGCGGGCCUCACUGGUCCCCUCCCUCCCCUCAGGCCAUGCGGGUCCCCGGGCUCUUCGGGCGGCUGAGCGCGGUUGUCGGGGUGCUGCACGUGGGAGCGCUGCCAGGGACACCAAGAAAUUCUCUUCCAUUGACCCACAUCAUUGACCAAGCUUGUCAAAAGGCAGAAUCUUACAAGGAUGCUGGAGUUGAUGGCUUGAUAGUAGAAAACAUGCAUGAUCUUCCUUACACAGUGUGUCCCGGGCCUGAAGGCACUGCAGCAAUGACAGUCAUUAGUGCUGCAGUGAGACAAACCUGCCCCCAUCUCACGCUGGGUGUCCAGAUCCUGUGUGCUGCAAAUCAGGCGAUGACUCAUCAGUUAUUACUAUUGUUUGCUAUGGCAUUUAGUCUUGAUUUUAUCUGGGCUGAAGGGUUUGUGUUUUCUCACGUUGAUGAUGAAGGGAUUAUAAACGCCUGUGCAGGUAACCUGCUACAAUACAGAAAACAAGUUGGAGCAGAGAACAUUCAGAUUUUUGCUGAUAUUAAAAGAAACAUAGGUAAAUACAAUGCUCACACUCUGACGGCAGAUGUCAGUGUGGCUAAGACCGCUUCAGCUGCUGAGCUCUUCCUGAGUGAUGGUUUACUGACUGGCACGGUUACCGGAUUGCCCGCAGAUCCUCAGGAGCUGGAAGAGGUUAAACAUGCUGUGAAGAUUCCUGUGUUGACUGGGUGUGGAGUGGCUCUGGAGAAUGUGAGGAAUUACUUGGAUGCAAACGCUCUAAUAAUUGGUUCGUAUUUCAAGAAAGAAGGUUAUUGGGUAAACGGUGUUGAUUCUGACCGAGUAAAGAAGUUUAUGGAACACAUAAGUAAACUGAGAGAAUGAGUUUAUCAGCAAACAGUACUUUUUUUGUGUGUGUAUAACUGCAGUAUGAUACAUUGUACAGAAUUAAAGCACAAAUGUGUGCUUGAAUGGCUAAUAACAUUAAAUGCAAACACACACCAUCUCCAUAACUAGCUGAGAGACAUGGUGACACUUUACAAUAAACUGGUGCUCUGAUCUUUGUUUCUAGGUAGCAAGGUUCUGUGGCAUUCAAAGCCAUCACCAAUGCAAAAUCAACUCUCCAAAAGCUUGUGUAAUAUAUUCUUUCCUAUAAGUAAAAUGCUUAUGGAGUUUAAGAAUUUAUAGUAAAUAUUCAUCACAGGUGAGCUGAAUUUUAUUUUGCCUGUGAGUACAAUAGGAUGCCCUAAGUUUACAGCUAAGUGUAUUCUAAAUUAGACAAGUUAAUUAGCCUUUCAGUUUCCCCAUCUGUAAAAUGAUGAUAAUAGUACCUACAUCACAUGGGCGUUGUAAGACGUAAUAAAUGAAUGAAUGUACAGCACUAUCAUCUUCUCAAAUGAAGGGCUCUAUUAAAGUUCAACAUAAUUAUUUUAUCAUUAGAACUGUGCAUUUAUUACAAAAACAUAGUAAUUGUAUACCAUACAAAAAUUUAAGAUAAUUGGGAAAUUGGUUUACUUACAAUACUUAUUGGAAAAUAAAUGUAAAUAUUUAAUUACAUUUUAAGUAGAGUUAGAAUUUAGUCAAAAUGUUUUUGCAAAAAUUGGAAAUUUUAUUAAAGGUUUAUUGUUAUCUUUCA